CUUUGGUUCUGUCAGCCUUCUAUGUUAUAGUUGCUGGCUUGGAAUGAACCGCCAGGUGAGGAUUUGAGGAUUUACCAUUUUUACCCUAUUUAGAGACAUUUACUCGGUUAUACUGAAAUAGGAAUAAAUUAAAGAAGCUAUCUCGUCCCUAAUCUCAGAAGAUUUCCUUUUUAGUGAUUUCGAAAAAAAGACAAUACGAAGGAGUUGCGGAUUUGUGAAAAAAAUUAAGAGAUUCAAGUUUUCACCUUCGUUAUUAUUAACUGUUCUGUGUUUUUGUAUACUCUCUUGAGCAAAAAAUAAAGAGUCAUGUCUUCUCGAAUGCUUCUCAAAAUACUAUUCAAAACCGAGCCUUGUUUUACUCGAAGGUGUUUCAGUAGCUUUCAAAAUGCUUACAGAAAGCAAGCAAGCAUGAUUAGUAUUGUGCCAAGAUUGACUGACAGACACAAAUGGCCUUCGGCUUCGUCCAUCCUAGCUCACCGAACUAUAUCCACAGACACAGCAGUGGAAGCCGUCAAUGCGGUUCAUAAAAUUGGAGAUCUUAAGGCUAUGGGAUUGGGAACGCAUACUUGGUGGCCGUACCCCUAUUUACAGAGCAUCUUAGAAGUCAUCCACGUAUAUUCAGGCAUGCCGUGGUGGGCGUCCAUAGCUGCAACCGCAAUUGGCAUGCGUGUUUUGAUGUUUCCAUUAAUGCUUGGCAUGAUCAGAACAUCCUCUAGAAUGGCUGCUAUCGGUCCUCAGGUUGCCGGUCAUAUGGCAACUUUACAUGGUGCCCGACUCGCUGGUGAUUCGCUCGCCAUGCAGAAAGCGACUCUGGAAGUUCAACGGCUGUACAAGGAAAAUGGAAUCAAUCCGAUGCGGCUACUUCGCGCCCCUUUCAUUCAAGGAAUUCUUUUUGUUAGCUUCUUCUACGCUCUAAAAACCAUGGCUGACUUCCCGGUUCCAGGUUUGGAGCACGGCGGAUUUGGCUGGGUAAUGGACCUGACAAAACCAGAUCCUAUGCAUGCCAUUCCGAUUGCUAAUGGUCUCUUGAUGUGGGCCAAUAUUGAGCUUGGCAGUGAAAAUGGCACAAACAAAUCGCCCGUUGCACCUUCAAUGAAGCGUUUCUUCCGCUUAAUGUGUCUUGCCAGUCCAUUGUUCACAAUGAAUUUUCCCAUGGCCAUCUUCAUGUACUGGCUACCUAGUAAUCUCUUCAGUAUUUUUCAGGGAUUCUUCCUUCGUUCCAAAAGAAUUCGCCGAUACCUCGAUAUCCCGGAAAUCGAGGUGACUCCUACCAAAUUUCCCCAGCAAGAGUCUUUUGUUCGCUCUUUUUCAGAUAUCGUUUCUGGCGCCUACGAACAGAAUAUGGCCGCCAACAAAGCUCAAACUCAAGUACAGCAGAGCCCGUCAUCCAAUCCCACUGAAGAGCACAAGUAGACUACAGUCUCUUAAUCAAUUGACUGAAAAUGUUUCGAAUACUAAAACGGACUAUUCUAUCGUCAUUCCUUACUAUGUUUAUUUUUGUUUAUAAAGUUAUUCCAUUUAUUCGACUUGAAGUAGUAAUUUCCCUGCGAUCUUUGGACGACCCUUACAGGAGCCCACAAUGAAGUCUAUUUACAUUUAUUUGUCGCAAAUGCGAUACACCCUGUGCGACAGGCAUGUGUAAAAUUUUAUUGCGUUUAAAGUUGCGAAAAAGAAAUUCUUUAAACAGAUAAAGUUUCAGUUAUAAAUACAGGGAUUGCAUGCUCUUGAUAUAUCAGUACGAUAACACAAUUCGCACUAAUUUUCUUGUUUGCUACUUUUGCCUGUGUUUUCUCUUCAUGGGAAUAG